AUGACAAGCCGAUUGCAGCUGGAAAAGCACCCCGUCAAUACCUUUGGUGUGGGGCACUUGUCUUGUACCCGUGUAGGCCUGCAGGCACGAGGUUAG